AUGUCGGCCACUGGGCUACAAGCAUGCUAUCGAGCAGCGGAAAGCUCUCGAAGUGCUGUUGAUCUGAAGCCUUCCUACCUCGUCAUCCACGAAGGUGGUCGGAAGAAAGACAACAAGCUCCUUUUGGUGAUCAGCUUCGGUCAGCUCUAUGUUCACGGCUUGCCGAGGAGUCGCAAGGCGCCUACAGUGCGCGACCUGGUCAAGUCUGGAAGCACCGAGUCUGAAGUGAUGCAGGUGAUGAUAUCUCAAGCGUACGAAAAAUACACCAUACGAGUGACGGCCACUGAAGUGGUGGUGUGUCCUCCAGGUAAAGAGUGGAAGUCUGUGCUUAGGAGCAGCAACUCUGAGCUGCACGUCCUGCAGCCCACGGAUGUUUUAGUGGACAUCGAUAAGUGCAUCAUCGCCGACAACGUCCGCUUGCCAAAAGUUAGAGUAACUGGAAAGCUGCCGCUGCUGCGUGUGUCAGUCACCGACUUCAAGCUGGUGCAAGUACUGAAGGUCUUGAACAGUAUCCCCACGGUUGGUGCCAGCACGCCCCCCAAAGUUGUGGAAGCAGCUCCUGUCGUCUCGUUACCUGAAGUUGACCUUCCAACAAAGAUUGAGACGACCACUGCUUUGAACGUGGUUCCCAAGGGAGAUUCGUCAAGCAGUGAAGGAAGCGCGCCACGGCAAGAUUACGAUGCAACUGACCUAGAAUUGGACUUCGAAAUAACUGAGGUGGCCCUGGAUAUCUCGCAGAUAAUAAAGGGAGUUCUGAAACCAGUGGUGCUCUUCCAAGCGCAGCAGCUGAGCCUGAAGUUUGAAUCUCGGCCACUGGAUUGGCGCUGCCAAUUGCGCCUCAAGAAGACCAUCCUGGAGCACAUGGAUUUCAGCGCUCCCAACCGCCCUGGGCCACUGAAGAUUCUCGACUCUACCGCUGACCCUGAUACAGGAAGCACAAUCAGCCUCGUAAUUCUGCAGGUUGAGGCUCACAUCAAUGGGCAAGGUCGGCUCGCGGCCAUGCAACAAGAAAAUGGCGUGAAGCCGGUUGUCUCUUGCUGCGAAGAGUUGUAA